AUGUCAAAAGCUACGCUCGCUAUCAUCGCAGCCGCUGGCGUAGCAACAGGCGCCGGUGUCACUGCCCUGUUAUACUCCUCCAGCUCGUCUCGUCACCAGCCUCACUAUCCUCCACCAGCUGCUCGGGCACCCCCUCCGCCGCCCACAAGCUCUCCUGUCGCCACCGCUGCCCGUGUCUCACCGCCGGUCCUUCCAACCACCCGCUACCCAGUUGACCCCAGCGGACUAUUCCAAUAUGGCUUCCCUGGCCCAGUCUCAGAUGUUAUCGAUAGCCCUUCCUUAACAGCCGGAUUCGACCGUCGAACCCGUAAUCCAGCCUGGGUAGCCGAACACAUAACUCCUGAAUCCGUAGCCCAGCGAGACGGAGACCGAUCUCACAGCCAAUUCUACGAAGAAGAAUCCAUCCCAAGUGCUUUCCGCGCACGACUAAGCGAUUAUUACCGCUCCGGAUAUGAUAGAGGACACCAAGUGCCUGCAGCAGACGCCAAAUGGAGCCAGGAAGCAAUGAAUUCUACUUUCUCGUUGGCAAACAUGUGCCCUCAAGUCGGAGAGGGUUUCAACCGCGACUACUGGGCCCACUUUGAGGAUUUCUGCCGAAGGCUGACACAGAAAUACCCAUCUGUCCGCAUUGUCACUGGCCCGCUCUACCUACCCAAGCGUGAUCCCGCUGACGGGAAGUGGAAAGUCAGCUAUGAGGUGAUUGGCAACCCCCCCAACGUUGCUGUGCCCACGCAUUUCUACAAAGUCAUCUUUGCCGAAGAUGGGAAUGGAGAGGACGGCAAAGUCAGUCUUGGAGCAUUCGUGCUUCCUAACGCCAGGAUUCCAAACGAUAAGCGAUUGCAGGAUUUUGAGGUGCCGUUGGAAGCCAUUGAGCGUGCCAGUGGACUUGAGUUUGCUAGCAAACUACUUCCUUACAGACGCGGUGUGCUCUGCCAGGAGGUAAAGUGCGAUAUCACUGUUCGUGAAUUCAAAAAGGCAAGCGACAGGAAGAGCCUGCCACCCCGAUGA